AUGAAUUCCAAUAAUAAGGUGGAUUGUGAAUAUCCAGAACAUUAUAUGCUUGAUAUCGAGGAGAAGAAACCAGCAUAGUAAUAGAAUUUUAUGCCCUUUUUGCCAUACGGAGUAAUAUCCAAUCUUGAGAACCAAGUGAAGAGAGUCAGAAGUUCUGCUGAAAUUAAAUAGGAGGACAGACAGAUGAUCAAGAAUGAUUCGUAGGCCUCCUUAAAAGAUGAUGUCUUGUGUCUACAGAAUAUAAAGGGGAAUGUGAAGAAUGCCUAUAUAAAGAAAAUCAGUUCUCUCCUCAAUGUAAGUAUGGAGGAGGACAAAGAGAAACUGCUUCCUUCAAAAAGAGUCAAGGAUAACGUGUCUUCGAACUCUUCCAAAUAGUUGGACAAUGAGGAUUUAAAGAUGCAGAAAAAUCGGGAAAGUGCUAGAAAUUCGAGAUAAAGGAAGAAGCUAUACAUUGGGUUGUUGGAGAAGAAAGUCGAGGAUUUGAAUGGACAGAUCGAGGGACUCCGAUAACAGACAGAGAUCACAUUCAAGCACAUCCACAACAUCAUUGAACACAAUCAAUGUUUCAAAGGAAUGAUCAUCGAGCAGGCUCAGAUAUUCGAUUAAUUGCAAAGCAAAGACCCUGAGACCACUGAGGGACAGGAGAUGCAGGCUUUACUCACUGACUCAUACAAGUUGAAGUUUAGUGCCACAGGUUCAAAACGAAAGCAAUACAUUAGAUAUUGCUUUUAGAAUGUAGCCCGUAUUUUGAUGGAUGGUAAUUACGGGACUCUACUCUUUGGAAGUAAUUGUCUCACUAAAAAUUUUCAACUGCUUGAAGAUGAAGAAUUGCAUGAGUAUGUCAAGCAAUUCAAAGAAAUCACUGGAUGCAGCGAAGAGAAAAUGCAGAACACUAUCAUCCACAUCGUGAGACGCAUCCUGGAGCACAAGCGCUCUUUUUCUUAUCUUAUCAAACAAAUGAAAUGCAAAUCCAAAGACCUCAGGAUCUGUCAGUAGCAAUUGGAUGAUCAAAUCGAUGAAAUGACUGCUCAAAUGACUCCCCAACAGUUCACAUCUCUCCUUAUCAAUCUCAAUAAAGAUGAAAUCAAAGUCAAGGAGAACUAUCCAACCACCAAACCAGACAUCUCGGUCUAAUAGUAAUAACAACAAUAGUAAUAGCAGUAACUUCUGAACCAAUACAAGUUUUUGCCUUAAAUAUCUCUUGAGUUGUUACUUAACAAUAAGAAUACACCAUUCUUACUUCCUAAUAAUUUAAUGAUUGACCCAUUGUAAUUCAACGAUUUAAUUUAAAAGAAGUUUUGUAAAUAAGCAUGA